CCUCAUUAGUCUCGACACUUGAGGGCUCUGCUGUGGCCGCUGCGUGCCCGGUAGGGGCGCUUGGUCACAUUUCUCGACCCUCGUUACGCCGCCUGUCUACCACUGGACCGCUACCAGCGCUUCGCGCCCGCUGGGGGACACUUGAGCUGCGCGCUGUGACACUCUGACCUAAGAAUGCGACGGAGACCGACCCGAUUGGUCAUCGCCGCCGUUCUGGCACACACUGUCGCCGGCCUCGUGCUGCCGAGGAGGCACACGCUGUCGCCGAAAGCCGCCGCGCCGUCGACGAGCCGCGGCGCGCCCUUGCUUGCCCAAGUCGACGAGGAGCUCCAGGAGACCGUCGAAAAAUCUGGUGUGGAGGGCGGCCUCUUCUCCAUCUUCACGGGCGACGGCGACGCCAAGGAGAAGGCGACGACCGCAGGAGAUUUACUAAAACAGUACGGAGGGGCCUACUUACUAACCUCGACGUCCUUCGCCAUCGUCUCCUUCGCGAUCUGCUACACGUUGGUCUCCAACGGCGUCGACGUCGCUGGCUUGCUCGGGAAGAUCGGCAUCGAGCCCUCCCAAAAUGCGCAGACGGGCGGGACCUUCGCGAUCGCCUACGCGGCGCACAAGGCCGCGUCGCCCAUCAGGUUCCCUCCCACCGUGGCGCUGACGCCGGUCGUGGCGAAGAUGCUUGGGAAGGGUGAUGGGGAGGCAGACGCGGAGGACGACGCGUAGGCGGGCGCGCUUGCUUCUUGAGGUGAGUAAGCUGGCUUUUAAUAAUAGUCUCGU